GAAUCGACAUUCUGAGCAAGUUCCGGCGCUUCCAGAGCCUGAGCCGGCUGAAGAAGCUGGCGCUGACGGUGAUCGCGCAGCACCUGGACGACUCCGAGAUCGAGGGGCUGAAGAAAGUCUUCACGCAGCUGGACUCCCGCGGAGACGGGGUGUUGUCUCUCGACGAAGUCCGCGAGGGUUUGCGGCGCGGCGGCGUGCUGCUGCCGCCGGACUUGGUGCUGCAGGAGGUGCUGCGCGGCGUCGACACUGCAGCAACGGGCACCAUUGACUACACCGAGUUCAUUGCGGCCUGUCUCCACCAGUCCCACUACAUCCGCGAGGAGGCCUGCAGGGCCGCCUUCCGCGUCCUCGACAUCAACGGGGACGGACAAGUCAGCGCGGAGGAGCUGCGCCAGGUGUUUCACAUGGCGGGGGACCUGGAGACGGACGCAGCAGCAGAGCUGCACGAAGCAGACGCGGACGGAGACGGAAAAAUAAACUUCGAAGAGUUUUGCGGACUUAUGCGGAAAGUGCCUUCGCUGGCGCUGGUCACCGAGCACACUGUCUCCAUGAUGCGCAAGACCUGCAGCAGAACCAACGUCUCCGACAUGGCCUGCAUCAACUAG